GAGUCCGCGCUCUGCGUCCGAGCGUCGCGACGCGAAUGCCGCGAGAUACUUUGGCCAGUAUCGUGCAAGCGCGCGUCCCGUGCCGAUCGUGCGAUAUCGCGCGCCAUCGAUCGAUCUCUCGAACGCCUUCGCGUCCAGACAUUCGUAUUCCCAUCCGAUCUGGCCGUUUACAAGGAUCGACGAGACGAGCUUUCAAUGAAAUUGCAGACGUGACGAAAUGUUUUGAAACUGGUAGAAUUCGGCCAAACGAAGAGGAAUAGAUAGCACGGUCGCGGGGAAAACGUCAAUUCCAAUGAAGAUCGUCGAAAGCAUCGGUGAAACUGGCGUGACUGUGAACAGAAGCAUUCUUGUCCUCGUUCCAGAUGGCGGACAUCUGAAAAUAAUUUUCUCCUAGUCCUUCUGAACGUACCCGGCAACAGUUCACGGAAGUGGCACUUGAAGCCAUAUCUAUCUAACUAUAUAUCCCGUGGACCCGCGGAUCUCCCAUUGCAUUCUCUCGUUAAUAUGCUUUCUCUCUCUUUCCGAUUCAUCGUGUACGCGUGCACUCGCGGAGCCGAGCCUUAUCGACACAGAGGAGAUGUUUGACAAAGGACAAUCCUCGGUUUCGUUUGUGGCUCGGAUAAAGGUGGAUCUUUUCGCGGAAUGCUGUCCAAGAACUUUUCGAUUUCGAGUCCAAGAUCCUUCUUUUGGGAAAUGAAACGCUACCUAUGAAUUAUUCUUAAGAAGGUGUACCGUUUGUCGGUAAGGAUAAGAUGUAAGAAUUCGUAAAGUGGAUAUAUUAGAGGAUGGAACAUUGAGAAAUUUAUUAAGAAACUGAUUGCACGGAUUGUUCAAGAUUUAUCUUGAGAGAGGAGUUUCUCUCCUCUCUUUUUUUUUCUUUUUUUUAUAUAUAUAUAUAUAUACACGAGGAAAGAAAAGAAACAUCGAUGAUGAUUAAAAAGAGAGAGUAAAAAAAUGAAAAGGAGAAACUAAGGAAAUCUCGUUUAUAUCCAAGUUUAUAUUUCUAUAAAUAUAUAAAUUAAAAUAUUUUCGAAUAAAAGAGCGAUAUUUAAUUCGAUCAAGAUACCUGGUCAAAUGGUAGAAAAUGUUGGUCUGGUAACUUAUAAGAAUCCUGGAGAGAAUUUUUUCGCAACAACAAAGGUAAUUACCUAGAGGUCUGGAAUCGUAAAAAGAACGGGGAUGAUGCCACUUUCAUUACAAGGAAACGUGAUAGGAAAACAUGGAUGGAUCGCCAGAUUUCGCGCAUAAAACGAAAGAAGGAAAGAAUCUCGGUUACGUUAUUACGGUGAAAUGGCGUCGAUUCGAGAAACAAGGAAUAAUGCAAUACGUUCGUUGCCACGUAAAAUGUUGUAACGUGCCCUCGUCGAAAACGAGCGAGGGCGGAGGAAUGUAAUUGGGGGAAAAAAAUCGGAUGGCCCCUGAUCGAAAAAUGUUUAAAACGUGUCGAUGUCGGUGAGAAAGGUUUAUAGUGCGUAACCCGCGAAAGGAAGAACAACAAUGCGAAUUGAAUGAAGAAUUGAAUCCAGAUGGACAACGGGUAAUCACUUAGUAGUCGAAUGGAAGCCUGUUAGAGGCGUUGGUGCGUGAAACAGAAGUGGAAGUGAAGAGAAUUGUGCGCGAGUCGAUCAGAGUUUCUCCCUCCCCUCCUCCCCACAUAAUUGUAGAAACAUCAUCAUUAUUAUUAUCGAUAUCCCUAUUACGAAAAUAACGAAACAUAGAUAUCCGGAAUUAACAUACAGAGAAUGGAUCAGAGAUCAGAGAUUGAUGAGAUGUGAAAUUAAUUUUAUUAAUGAAGUCUCGAUUUCGAAAAAUAAAAAAAUUGUUUUGAACGAUUGAAAUGGAUUAUUAUCAUAGAAGUGCCGUUAUACGUAAAAAUUUUCAAUGUGUAAAAACAAUUAUUAUAAUAAUAAUAAUAAUAAAAAAUAAAUCGCGUAUUUAAACGAAAUUUGAAACGACGUUGAAAAUAAUUUUUACUGGUGUACUAGUAGGGUUCCUAAUAAUAAAAGAAAAUAAAUUACACGUAAUAAUAAUAAUACAAAAUUAAUUAAUAAAGUAAAGAUUGCGAAUAUGUGAAAAGUGUGGAAAGUGAUACGUUCUAUGUAUACAUAUAUGAAAUCAAAACCAUAAAAGAUGCAGACCGUAGAAGUUUUUCUAAACUCCACCGUCUCCGACCCGUGGAACGUCUCUUUAUUGAUGGAGAAUUACACUUACCACAAUAACACGAAUAUCACGGAUUUGCAAUUAAGAAAUCAAUUCAUACUUCCGUGGUGGAGGCAAAUGAUAUGGACGUUAUUGUUCGCCGGUAUGAUCAUAGUUGCAACCGGUGGUAAUCUGAUAGUGAUUUGGAUAGUGAUGGCCCACAAACGGAUGCGUACAGUCACUAAUUACUUCUUGGUAAACUUGAGCAUCGCGGACGCCAUGGUGUCCACGUUGAACGUCACGUUCAAUUACGUCUACAUGUUGAACAGCCAUUGGCCUUUUGGCACCCUUUACUGCAAGAUCUGCCAGUUCGUCGCUGUCCUCACCAUAUGCGCCAGCGUCUUCACUUUAAUGGCGAUUUCCAUCGACAGAUACAUGGCCAUAAUGAACCCUUUGAGGCCGCGCAUGGGCAAAAGGGCGACGAUUUGCAUAGCCAUCGUUAUUUGGAUCGUGGGGGCCGUGUUGUCGCUGCCGAUGCUACUCUUCUACAGGACUUACACCCAGAAUUUCGUGAAUGGAGAAGUACGAGUUAUAUGCUACGGCGAUUUCCCGAACAGGGAUGACAAUGGCCUCAGUUACGACGAAUAUUUGUACAACGUGAUCUUCAUGGUGUUGACGUACGUUCUACCAAUUGGAUCGAUGACAUUCACGUACGCAAGGAUCGGUUUGGAGCUGUGGGGCUCGCAAAGCAUCGGCGAAAAUACCGCGGGCCAAUUGGAGGGUAUAAGGAGCAAACGAAGGGUGGUAAAAAUGAUGAUCGUGGUGGUAUUAAUAUUUGCUAUAUGCUGGUUACCUUUUCACGUGUACUUCAUCAUAACGUCGUAUUUUCCGGAGGUUACGAACGAAUCGUACAUCCAAGAAGUUUUCUUGGGCAUUUACUGGCUUGCGAUGUCUAACAGCAUGUAUAAUCCCAUAAUCUACUGUUGGAUGAACUCCAGAUUUCGACGCGGAUUCGCCCAUUUUUUCUCGUGGUGCCCUAUGGUGAAAGUUCCGCCCGAGCCCUCGUUAUCACGAUCGGAGGCGUUAACGUCGCGAUACAGUUGCACAGGAAGUCCCCAGACCAACACAAGGAUAUCACGCAACGGUACACCACGAAUACAUAUGUGUCUACGAUCGAGAGGGGGAAACGAUCGAUUUUUGGGCGAGCAUCGAGGAAGGAAGUGGAAAACCUCGCAAACUACGGGUCACGUGUCUUGACAGGAAGAAGAAAGCCCUCAGCAACGAGUACAUACUUGGAUAUAAGAAUACAUAUCCAUAAGAAGUCGACCUCUUCGAGAUUCAUCGCGAAUGAAACAGGAAGGGAUUGAGAGGAGCCGAUAAAUUCUAGAUCUUUUACGCACGCAAACCUGUUAUGAUCAAAUCAGACCAGAAAGCUCAAAUAAUUGUUCACUAUGUUCAAUAGAAACUAUCCGCUAUUAGAAUAAAUAUUUCCGUUUCGAUGUAAACUACGCUGAAUCGAGCUUCAACGCGACGACGAGAAUCGAAGAAUUCGUAAAAAAAAUGAUCUUUCUCAAUUUUUGUCUUUGUUCAAAAGAAUAAAUAAAUAGUUUUGUAUUUUUAUUUUUUAUCGAUAGAUUUGAUAAAUA